CACAGAUGAAAACUAAGUACGCCAGAUAAUUGUACAUACAUACAUUCUUAUGUGCAGUAACACUAAAAACAUCAUUUUAAAAUAUUAUUUUGCAUUACAAAUACAUAAUCAUGUCGAGAAUUGUGUAUCGUUGUUUGACAGCAGUAUUAUUAAUCUCCUGUGUAAAUUCUGCUGAGUUGGACCAGCUGAACACAGCGGUGGCAGAAUUUGCGCAUAAUGCGUUACAAAGCUUGGUCGGAGUUGCGGAUCCAUUUCCUCCACAACCACUUCCCGGUUCAAUCUCGUACUAUUCGGGCAGAGGUUUAAUGCCGCUGACCGGAAGUCUAAGCCAAAUGCAAGUCUCCGGACUGACGAGUGUGCAAAAUAUUUCGGUCACUGCGGACUUUCGCGCACCCGGAUCUCCUACCGAGCCGAAUAUGAAGAUAAACAUUGACGUCGUGAGUCCCGUAAUUCAAGGCGUUUACAGUCUCAACGGUCACAUCGGGAAUAGUAUUGUGUUAAGCGGGACCGGAAACUGGACGAUCGUUCCGUCCGCUUUGUACCCCUUAAGGGUCGGUUGUCCACUCAAGUUGACAACGCAAGGUGGAUAUCUCUCCCUUGGGAACUGUACGGAGAGUUCCGGAUACAUGAGUUUGUCUGGAGCAGUGGCAGAUUUCUCCGGUGUCGUGAACGACACCAGGGUCGAUACCUUCCUCGAAGAAGAUAUUUACCGAACCCUGGCAAAUCGGGCAAAUAGCAACGGGAUAGGUUACUCCGUUGUGGCGGCAGUACUUAAAAGUGCCGUUGCCUACUUGCAGGACGAAUUUAAUAAAAUCAAGCUUGUCGAUAUUGUCGACCAGAUGGGGGCGGCACCAAGAAAACGUGUAGAAACCGGGAGUAAUUCUAAAUUAUCUGAUCAAAUUUCAAUUCAACCAUCGAUCACACAGAUGCAGGCACGAAUGGACCAAUUUGCGAGAGACGUAAUUCUCAAUUUUGCAAGCACAACGCCAGAUCCAUACAUGUACCCGUACUCUCAUUCGCUAUCAAUUGCUACACCGAUGCUUCGAAUGAAUGGAACCUUAUCUUCAAUCGGAUUCUCCGGCCUGGCUCGAGACCUCCGUCUGAACGUUUCAUCCUCCCCAGUUGCCGAACCUUACGCAAGCGUCCACGUUUCCAUGCAAAUUUAUGACGCCGAAUUAACCGGGAGAUACAACCUGGAAGGCUUACUCGCCGGAGAAACCCCCUUCGCAGCUGAGGGACCUUGGUCCAUCCAAAAUAUUACAGUGUUCCAAUACCUUUUCGACCCAAGAAUGGAACUAGCAGAUGGCUACCUUGUCCAGAGAUCCACCUUAAUGAGCGGAUUUAGAAUGCAGCAAUUCGGUUUUGACGCAUCCUUUCCAGGUCUUCUUGAUUCCACCGGAGUUUCAGAAUCCGUUCGAAAAGCGACUUCAGAACUAAUCGGGCAGCAAAUAAUCAAAUCAUUGUAUAACAAUGGUGAACUGGCCAGUAGGAUGCAGGGUCUAGUGGCGGACGAGAUUUUUCGAAGAUUCGGGGAAAUCCCAGCGGUUGACAUAAUUUUGGGACGAGUUACACGCAUGCAUGCAUAAUUUUGUGCAAAAAUAAAGACCUCAGAUGAAUAAAUAAGUAGGCAUUGUUGACAAC